CCGCCGCCCCCGGUAUGGCCCCGACGCGCUGGCUCCUGGCCCUGCUGCUGCUCUGGCUCGCCCUGGCCGCCGCCGGACCACUGUGCCAGGCGCCAGACAGCAACGAUGCCCAGAACGGCCUCAUCCGGACACUGGUGCGGCCGCGGGGUGCUCGGCGCGGGGCCGGGUACCGGCCGGCGGGGACACGGAAGGUCCGGCGGCCCCGGCCUCGGCCGCGGCUCUCCCACAAGGGCCCGAUGCCCUUCUGAGGCAGCGCUGGCACCGGCCCCGUGGGGACGCAGCUGCCGCCGCCUGCUCCGUGCCCCAGCCUGCUCCGCUCCUUUGGACCCGAGGGUGGUGUCCCGCCUGUGAGCCCGCAGCUGGCAUCACCUCCUCGUCUCUGCGUCCAUCCCUGCUGGCUCUGGCACCACGUCUGGCACUGUGGGUGCCUCCCACCUCCCUCGUCACCCCCUGGGGCUGGCUGGGAGUGGGUCGCUCACGUAGCGCAUAGCGGGCUCGGGUGCUGCUAUGGUGCCUGUCCCUGUGGGUGCCCUGGGCAUCAGCUUGCCAGGACCCGUGGGGUUUUCCAAAGCACUUUGUCAAGCAGAGGGCCUUCUCUGCAGGGGUCUGCAAGAUCCCUGGGGCUCCUGCCCUGUCUCUGCCAGUCACCCCCCCGCCAGAGUGGGCACACAGCUUGUCUUGGGAGGGGUCUAUUUAUUCCCCUGGUGCUAAUCCAUGGUGAGCUGUCCUCCCCUCCCCAGCUGCAGACCCACCUUCUGGGGACCUCUGAGGCAUGGGGUGCCCACCCAGGGCAUAAGUUUGAACCCCUUUGCCCACUCCACACUGUGGGACAGUGAAAGACUAGGGGCCACAGAGGUGUCAGUGUCAAACACGGGCACAUCCCAAAGUGAGGGCUCUUGCUCCAAGUGCCACCAGGUCCUGUGCCCAUGUCUUUUGUACCUGUAGAGAUUUAUUCUGUGUAAAUAUAACUUUAUAACAAAGA